UUCCACUCAAAUUACACUUUUGUCAAGUCAUGUUUAUAUUAGUUAACCACUUGGUCAUUUUCUUUAGCAAUUUGAACAUUUUAGGCUGGAGGCUUUCAUCCAAUUCAACAGUUUUCUGGUGAUUAUCGUGCGUCCAAUUCUCCUUGAUCAACUUCUUCGUAAAGAAAACUAAUUAAAUUGAGGUGAAUUCACGUUUAGAGAAAGUUUUGUAGGAUUACUAAAUUUUUUCUAGGGUUGUGUACAAAGAUUGUGUGUCUUGGACACUAACGCGUGUUAUUCUAAAGCAAAUAUGAUUCGAAACUUUUUACAGGAGUACUUAGGCCAUUAUGGCGGACCGCCCUUUUGGCGACUGGACUGCUCCACUACACUGGUCUUCCUAGAGGUGGUGAAUUCAUGAAUGAAGACUAAGUCGCUGGAGAGUUCCCCUCAAUUUGAAUGGCAAAAUGGUUGAUAGUAUUUUGGUUCUGAGCAAAAUAAAUUUGGAUUUUUUCAAAUUUCUCGUGACCACAAGUAAAGAAAUAGCAAAUUUCAGUUUUCUACAACAAUGGAAAGACAAGAACCCUCUGAGACUCAGACUGAAGCUGGUAGCAGCUUAGAGAAUAAAAAUGCAACAUAUAUUUGUGAAUUUUGCAGUGCUCCAUUCACAAGAAAAGAAGAUUUCCUCUUGCACUUUACAGAAUCGGCAUGUAAAAUACAAAGUAUUGGGAGAAUUGAAAGCAAAGAUCCAACUCAAAUGGAAACUGAAAUUCAAAAUUCAUCUUCGGAUGUAUCAUCCUCAGUGCAGGAUCAGCAAAUUACUGUUUCAGCUCCGCAGAUUCUUUGCACUGUUGAUAUGAUCUUAUGUGAGCAAGGAAACAAAAUCUUUAUAGCACCUGACACAUUCAGAGUGGCAGAACAGUCUGGUAAUCUACAGCAAAUCCUGUCUCUUUGUCAAGUUCAAGCUUCCAGUGAUGAUGCAAAAGCAUCAGUUGCUGCAAUGGAUAAUGGAAACCAGAUUGUAAUCACUGAGGGAAGCGCUACAAAUGUUUUGACUCCAACUGGUGCUGUGGUGACAGUUACUGAUAGCCUUACAUUGGGUGAGCAAAAUGGAGAACAAGAAAUGAGGACAGUUGAUAAAAAUCAGAUUAACGAGGAAGGAAUGGAUAUUCAGCUUGUCAUUCAUCAUGUUGAGAAGAGUGGAGAUGGUUCUGAUGAAGAAUGUAAAGACAGCAUCCUGUCAUCCCUUGCUAGUGUGGAAGAUACCAAUCCAAAUGACCAGAGUACCUACCAAUGUGAGGUGUGUCACAAACAUUUCAAAAAGCCAUCAGGGCUCGAGAGGCACAAAGUUGUCCACACAAGAGAUAUAACCAAAAAAUUCUUGUGUGAUAUUUGUGGAAGAGUCUUUACAACUUUAAAUCGCCUGUUGAAGCAUGAAGAGAUUCACGAAAAAGCAAGAGAAGAGGAACACAAAAGAAAACAUGAACUACAGGAAUUAGAAGGAACAACGGAAGAGAACAGUGAAGCAUUCAUAUGUGAAACCUGCCAGAAGACAUUUACCCAGUCAUGCUGCCUUCUUGAGCAUGAAAGGAUUCAUUUCAAGGAUAAUAUAAAGAAGCACAGGGAUAAAUUUCCAUGCUCCAUGUGUGAUAAAUGGUUUCAUGCUGCAAGUCACCUUGCAAGGCAUGAAAAGUCACAUGACAGGAAGAAUACAUUUACAUGCGACACAUGUGGUGAAUCAUUCCCACGCCAGAACACCUUACAGAAACAUCAGGCUAUCCACUCCAAUGUGAAACCCUUUGUAUGCAACAUAUGCGGCAGAGGGUUUAUGCAGUCCAGCAACCUUACAACACAUUUACGUACACAUUCCAAAGCUAAACCAUAUGUCUGCCGUACCUGUGACAAGUCUUUCUCACACUCAAGUAGUCGUGUUAUACAUGAGCGAAUCCACACUGGCGAAAAACCAUAUUUGUGUGAAAAUUGUGGGAAGAAGUUUCGCCAAUCAGGUGAUCUUGCAAAGCACCAAAGGUCUCACACAGGGGAGAAGCCAUACCAGUGUGCUGUCUGUGCUAAAACAUUUUCAGUACAGUCAAAUUUGCUGGCUCAUUUGCGAAUUCAUGUCAAGAAGAAUUCACAAAACCCACUGUCAGUGGCAAUGUUGAUUACAGAGGAGAACAGUCAAGAAGGUGAGCAGGAACCUGCAGCUGAACAACAACCAAUAACAUCAAAAGAUGAGCUUGCAUAAGCACAAUAAUCUUUUGUACAUGCAUUAUAGACAAUGACGAUUUACUUUCCAAAUGAUGUUAUUAUCAUAGUAUUAGUGGGGUUGUAGGGGCCAAUGUUCCUGAAAGAUUAUCACUUUCUUUCCCCCUUUUUCAAUUGCUCAGUAUUGGCCCAGUAAAAUUUCUUAUAGUCCACAAAGUCAGAGGAUGCAAGCAUUUUUUAUGAUACUUGCUCUAAAACCCAUAGUUAAGCCAAUUUGUUUGCUGUUAAGUCUCUUUCAGUGUUUUUUAAUCUUUUUAUUUUAUGACAUCUCUUGAUGAGCUCUAAAUGUAACAUUUUUUGUUGAAAAAUGCACCCAUUUGCGAUGAAAUCACCCUUAGUAUGAUAUGCUUAGGGGUUUGGUUACAUAUGAUUUAAACCCAUUAUUGAAUAAGACUUUGAAUCAUUGCUGAAAAUCAAAGUUUUGUUAUGAACUUUAUAAUCUGUACAAUGAUUAGUAUUAUCGUGUGCAUCAAAAACAAAGAAGACAGGGUAAAUUUGUUAAUAUUUGACCAGUUGUUAGUCAAGUCUCUUCAUUUUACAAGAAAUGGCUUACAGUUUUAAAUAAGUAGUUAGUUGAGUCAACAAGAGUUGGUUAAGAUAAAAAUAAAUGGCUGAUUGCUCCAUCCCUAGAACCAUUUCCCCUAGUUCCACCAGUGCUCAGUGUGAUAAUCAAAACAAUGAAAUAAAAUCUUAAAUGGUUAUUAAAUAUAUUCAACCUGAAUCAAUAGUAUCCUGAUUUCUAUAUUUUUCAGUCAUAUGUCUAAUAUUGCUUUUGCAGACAGAAUUAGUUUAGGCUAGUCGGGCUAAAGUUAUUCUGCAGUUACUGUAAUAUUUCAAGUUAGUAAAUAUUUUGGUUUAUCACUGUGAUAUUUAUUGAAGACUCUCCUGGUGGCACUCACUGUAAAUACUAUCGUUUAAAAUUAAAACUAACUAAAAUUAAUUCAAAAUCUAAAACUAAAAUUGUUCAUAACAGGGAAACUAUAAAUCCCACCCAAUUUAAACAACGUUUUACUGUCUUUGUUGAGUCUUCAUCGCAUUCUAAUUUUCUUGAUGGCAGCCUGCCAUUGAUCCACUCGUUUUUGUUUUCCUACUGGACCAAUCAAUGUCUAUAAGAAAGAGGAUUUGGCGAUCUCUCCACUCCACACCUCGAGCUCCAUAUAACUGUUUUAUUGGACUGCCUUGAAAGUGGCAUGGCAAUAUGUAGACGUGAUAGGGUUCUCCAAAAUCCCUUUUCAUACCUCAAAAUGGACAGAAAACAAGGUGACAGCUGCAUCGGAAUUAUGACGUUGAAUAAUGUUGAAUUCUAGCGAUUUCUAAACGGUUUCUAAACAAUCGAUUGCUAAUCAUAUCGUUUCAGUUUCGGCAUUUUUAAAUGAAUUUUGUUUGCUUUCUAGAUCCUUUCCAAAAAGGGAGAUGUUAUGUCUCUAGCCACUACAUCUCCAUAUAAUCGAUGACUUGCCUUGCUAAGUGCACAGAAUACAUUAUAUUCUUGUGCGCCAGAAGUGAGCCAGGACUCGCUUGAUCUUCUUGUAUUUUCCCAAUGAAGCUCUAAUCGAACGCUUCAUUUCCUUGCUUUAGUCUAGGCUUUUCUCAUUUCAAAAUUUAAGAUUCCAUAUAUCGUGUUUCACUCAACUCGUUUUUUAGAAAGAACACUCGUUUUUUAGGAAGAAUACCAGUGUCAUUCUCAAAUUCUACCCCUCUUCAAAAUAAAAGAUUUUUCCUUUAUAUUUUCACGGGGAUCACCUUCCGACAUAGCUAAGGGCAACGCAAUAGUUUGCUUAUUUGUAUCUAGACCCAUCACCUGUUCUAUAUACACACAAAGGUUCCGACUCUCCCGAUUUGGGCGGGAGUCUCCCGAUUUGGGCAAGAGUCUCCCGAUUUGAGCGUUCUUUUCCCGUGCCCCCAAUUUCAAACCGAACCUCCCGCUUUCAAAUUUUUUUUGAUGGAUCUGUUACAAAAUUGUAUUCCUAAAUACAUAAAUGAAAUAAGUGAAUUCUCAAAUGUAAAUCUGCAUGUAUCAUUCUAUGAUUUAAAACAGAGAACUUUUGAGUUAGACUUAAGCUUUUAAACUGAUAAAUUCCAGCGUUUUUGUCUCUUAAAACUUCUUUAACUAUAGUCAAUUUUUCCACAAAUCUGCUAGAAAGUGGAUUCGUUCAAAGAUGACGACUUUCCAAAAAGUAGCGAAAUUUUGUAAGGGAUAUUAAAUUACUUCAUUUUUCGAAUUAUCACCUAUCCAGAGUCCGAAUUCCUUCUUUUCCAAGAGAAUCGAUUUUGGCGGAUGGGCCAAGUCGAAUUUUUUUGCGGGAAUUUAUUGCAAAACUCCUGAUUUUAGCUAUUCUUAGUUUGGAACGUCUGUACACAGCAUACGUCUUCUUGCACUUUUUAACACUGUUGGGUUUUUGAACACACGAGUGUUUCCCACAACCCU